AUGGGGAACAAACAACACCGGGAUGCUGCAGAAAAAGACGAACAUAUUGCCAUGCUCGAGGCGCAGAUUGAAGUGCAUGCCGCACACACAUCACAAAUGCACGCUCGCCUAUUGUCCACGCUCGACGCCAUGGACGCUCUUCGCACGGCGCAUUCACGAGAACUCAAAGCCGAGCGACGGGCAAUAGAGCGACUUAGCACAAAGCUUGACCACUAUUUGGAAGACCUCAAGCGGGCUGAGGCGAAGCGAGACGAGAUGGAGGAGAUCACGUCGGUGCUGCUCGAGAAAGUCGAGCUUUCGAAAGACUAUGCCUUGUGGCCCCGCAGUCAGAUUCACCUUACGAGCCCUCUUGAGCCAUUGCAUGAGCAGCAAGGCCCGUUUCCCUCCGGUGAUGCCAAGGUACUGCAGAUGUACGCAUCCGCCGUUGUGGCCUCUCUCCAACUUGAACUCGAUGCCGAACGGCGUGCGCAUGUGCAAACGCGGGAUCAGGCCGAGUCUGACCUUAUCUCGCUGAAUGCGCAACUCGCUCGUAGGGAGGCAGAACUCGAGACGUGCAUUGUUCACCCAUGUCAUGAUCAGCCUACAGCAGGUCCCUCAAGUCUCCGAUUGACGACGCAAAUGUCGACGGAGGACAAACUGCCACCUGCAGUGGCCAUGUUCACACGCGAAGAGGCGAUUAAAGUCCUCGAAAUUACCGCUGCAAAAAAUCAUGCCCUAGAGAUCGAAGUGAAAGAACUGGUUGAGACCCUCGAGAAAGCCCGUCAAGCACAAAACACUCCAGAGCCUCAACCUGUGCCGGUUGACAGAUUUCACACCUUCGCUGGCCCCAGAGACCACGUUGGGAUGUUUCCAUCCCAAGCUCAUGAUUCGCCGAGGCUCAAUAGUCCAUCCACUCCCGCACUGCCGCCAUCGUCUCCUGGGCUGCCACCGUUUGUCCAAUCCACACAGGCAUCACCAUCACCUUACAGUCUUGCUCAGAAUAUUGCGAACCCUUCGCCGCAUGCAUCUCCUGGUCAAACUCUGGUGCUUGUACGGCUCGAAGAACAAAUCAAAGCCUUCGCGACAGAAAUUGACAGGUUCAAAACCGAACGCGAUACUCUCGGAGCUGUGCUGGUAGAGGGGCGCAAGAAGGAUCACGACUCAGGGACAGGCGGAAACCCCCAAAUUCAUCUGAGACAGCCUUCGCACACCGAGGAAGAGUACACGCGGCUGGUGCGUUCUGAGGACGCCUUGCGCCACGAGCUGGACGCGGUACGAGACUCAUGGAAGAAGCGGGAAGAUGAACUCCAGAGGGAGAUCGAGACAUUACAGCAGGCAUUGUCAACAGUCACUCUCGAGCAUUCCGUGACCAUCUCAGCAGCACCUUACGCUAAUAGACAGUCUGUACCUGAGAAAACGAAUACAGCCCUCACAGACAUUCUGGACGACGAUAAGGCAGAGGUUUCAAUGGAGCUCGCGACGCCACUCCAGCCGACGAUCAUUUCUCUGCAGGUGGACGACAACCAUAGGACGGACGAGUGUCGGAGUUCCCUGUACAUCCCACUGCCGCCAUCCCCUUCUUUAGCCUCAUCUACACCCCCAUCGCUACCUAAUCCACAAAUAGUAUUUCCCACAGCAGCUUCCCCUCGACCUCCGCGACAGGCAGAAGGAGAUGCUGCCGGCCGAUUAGACGAAAUUGAGCGCGAACUGGCGCUCGCUCGCAUGGAACUCGAGGAGCGCGACGAGGCACUACGGGAGCUGCGGGAAUUCGUGGGGCAGCUCAGGGAGAUGGUGGAGGCGAGCGAAGAACCAGAACCUGAUGGCGAACAGCAGCGCGGCGACGGGGAUGGCGGCUGA